UGACAGAGUUCAUUGGUGUGGGCCACCAGCACCUACAACGCUGUACUAAGCCAACAGGUAAAUAUGGCAUGAAAUUGAAUCGCGAUGGUUCCAUCGGAAGGAUAUGACUUUUAAAGGGUGGUUCGUAAAGCCACUGUGUCCGGACUUUGCGGCGUGUUGUGCGACCACCAUGAUACUGUUCAGAUUACGGAGACGGCGACUGCGAAUGUUGUUCCUGUACGCCAUCAGUGUCAGCCUCGUCAUUGCCGUGAUCCUGCGAAUGCGCAUGAAGAGGACUCAAACAGCAGACCACUUAAACCGUGAGCAUAAACAACCAAUCGCUGAAGAAGUCGUGAAUAACGUCACUGUGCCGGAAGUCCAUCACGUCGUGUUCCUGAAGGUUCACAAAGCAGCAAGCUCUACCGUUAUGAACAUUUUUAUGAGAUUUGGAAUUUCACGUAACUUAAGUGUCAUGGUUCCGAAGACACUAAAUGUAUUUAGCCAAUCUACGUAUCUUCACCAAAAUCAGUUUCUUCACUACUCCCCCGACGGACUGUACGACAUCCUCUGCUGCCAUGUGGUAUACCGGAAGACAUCCAUAGCGCCAUAUUUCCCGGCAGACACGCGGUAUAUUGGUAUAGUAAGAGAGCCAUUUCAACAAUUCAUGUCAGCGUUCUUUUAUUACAAACAUCUAUCCUACCUGAAAAAGAUUCCAGGUGACAACCCGGUGGCAACAUACCUACAGGAUCCAUUAAAGUUUGAGCCCGACCACGCCCUCUCCUCGUAUACCAACAAUCGGAUGUCUUUCGAUUUCGGUUACCCGUACAGAGAAUUCAACAACACACCGCGCAUGCAUGAUUACGUUGAUCAAUUGGUGUCGGAGCUAGACUUUGUAAUAGUCGUAGAAUACUUCGACGAAUCUUUACUGAUGUUGAAGCAGUUACUUGGAUGGACAUUAAAAGAUAUAUUGUAUAUACCACGCAAGUAUGGAGCAAGACAUAACACACCUACAUUCACAAGAGAAGACAGAGAACGACACAAGCAGUGGGCAAGGUUGGACUAUAUUCUGUAUGAACGGUUUUUGAACAUUUUUCUGGAGAAGCUAUAUCAAAAGGGCAAAUCAUUUUAUGAGGAAUUGAAAGCUUUCAAAAAUCUGAGAGCCCAAAUGGAACAUUUUUGCACAACUACCAAGAACAAAGUACUGUCUGUACCUGGGUCAAUGUGGAACAAACACUUUACUGUCAGUAGAAACGAUUGUGACCUCAUGCAGAUGAAUGCAGUUCCCCUCAUUAACCUAGUGAGAAGGAGGUACAUUGUGGCGUGAGUGAGUUGCGCUUCACGCAUGUUGGUAACAUCAAGCUCUUCGCAUUAUGUGUGAAGUGAGUAAGUGAGUUUAGUUUUAGGCUGCUUUUGGCAAUAUUCCAGCAAUAUCACUGCGGGGGACACCAGAAAUGGGCUUCACGCAUUAUACUCAUGUGGGGAUUCGAACCCGAGUAUUCGACGUGACAAGCGAACGCCUUAACCAGGAGGCUACCAUGUGUGAAGAACCCUGGUCAGGAACAUCCAGAACUGAAAUGGUAUAUUACAGAUCAAAGAUCGCAAUUGGAUUCGACCUAAGUUUUUUCGAAUACGUUAUAAUCCAAAUUUGGCAUCUUAGACCACUGGGCCACUCUGAUAUCGGCACAUUAAAGAUCUGAGGCAGAUAGUACAGUGAUUUAUUGCUUCUGCGCGGUGGGCGAGCUGGCUAAGGCGCCAGGCUAGUGAUCCAGCGAGG